AUGGUGUGGCUCUUAUCUCUCUCCUUGGUGCUGGCCGCACUGCUUCACUGUUCACCUGGAAACAUUAUCAGGGCCACCUCCACCCCACCCUCAUCCAGCAACUCUGACCAUGUCCCACUCCCUGCAUUCUCCAACUCCCUCAGCACCACCUCCAACACGAGUACAACAGCCCCCAAGCUCACCACGACACAACAGCCAAGGACAGACAUCCUUCUGCCCACCGGCAGGAUGCAGGUGCCAGGAAACAGGAUUACCAGUAUGGAGGACUUAGAUGGGGCAUUGAUUGGCACAUCACAUGACAGUGAUGAGUCUAUGGAUGAUAGUGGACUUGGGGACACAGUUAUAAUAGAAAGUCAACAAGAGCCAUCUGCCAGCACACCUCUUUUCACUUCUGCGCCAGGAAAUGAGGAGAAGAAAGCGAAGGAACUUGAAGUGCAUUCCUCCAUCCCUACUUCUCUCUCCCUCCCUCCAAUGCCCCCAAAACAGACCCAAGACAGUGUCAGCACAGCAGAACCAGCUGGCUUGCGAACGUCAGAGGAUGUGCGUUCACCAGCCAAGAGCUCACUGACCAAGCUUACACUUAGAGCAACGUCUACAUUUUCUUUGUCACCCAUAGGGGACGACGACAGUGGACUCAAUCUGGAACCUGUGUAUUCUAUUGUAGAGAUCUCAAAACAAAUGGAGCCAACUGUCAACUCGACAUCAGAAAUAAAAUAUUCUCCAAACCCAUUAACUCGUCACAGCUCCCACCAAUCUCCUAAACACACAAUUACAGAGGCCACUCUCAAAGAAGAAGAAGAAGAAGAAGAAGAAGAAGAAGAAGGGUUUGGAGCACUGGAGGAGAAUGAGGAAGAAGAUGUGGAUUUGUUAAAAUACAUUUUUGUGAUUGACUCAAUGGUUCCCAUAAGCAGAGACAGUCGGGGAAAACAGUCCCACACCUCCACCCUGUCAUCAGCCAAUCCCAAACAAGCACCCAUUGUGACAGGACAGUUUGGAAGAGGUAAGAGUUGCACAAGAGUUGACUCACAAAAUAUCAGAGUGUUUCCUCUGCUAUAAAUUCUAUGUGCAUGAUUAUUUUGUUUUUCAGAAAAUGAACAAACUCAAUCCAUUCCUGACAUACAAUUAACUGAGUUGUCGGUACCAUCAUCACCUGAUGUGAAACACAUAAUCCAUCAAUAUGAAGAAAAUGGUAAAUGGCAAUUUUGUUAGUUCUAAGUUGGGCAAUUUCUCUUUCUCUUAAUAUGCUUUCUAUAUUACUUGAUGAGAUUGUAAACUAUUACAUUUCUCUCUCACCCCCUCCUCACUUUCUUAGUUAAGGGUCAACUCUGGCCUGCGCCCUCUGUCCGCUACGGUGUGUUUGGCCCCAUAACACAUCAGAAGCUGAUUGGAGGCCCCUGUGUGCUAGGUCUUGGCCCCUGCGUGUUCCCUACCGGCACCAACGGCACCCUCCUUCUUUGGGAGGACCUGAGCCGCACGCUGGCCUUCGCCUGGGAGCUCCACGUCUAUGGCUCUGCUGGACUCUUCCUGAUGCUGUCCUGUGUGGCUGUGUUGGGAAUAGUUGGACGGUCUAAUAUGCUCCACCCCCUCUGUGAUGUCCUAACCCUGGCCAAUAGGCUGUUGCUGCUGACCGGGGCUCUGCGUGCUGUCCUCCUCCUCACUGACCCGUAUGGCACACGCCGGAUACUGUCUCGGCCCGUCCUCACUGCCCUCUAUAAUCUGCCUCUGCUGCUGCUGCUGUGGGCACAGGUUGCCCUUGCGAUGAUUCUGCUGUCCCCAGCGCUGCAGCGCCCUCGUGUGGUGGGAAGUCUGGCAGUCUUACACUGUACUCUGCUGCUGGCAGCCGACCUGCUCUCCCCAACGCUGUCCGCUGCCCUCCCUCUGGUGCUACAGAGCCUCUCUCUCUGCUGGGGCCUGCCACUCUGCCUGGGCAUUCUCACCCAGUCACUAUCCCACCUGCACCCCUUCUCCAAGACCCCCAUACACACGUGUGGGGCCCCUCAGAAGAUUGAGGAGCGGGCAAGACGUGUGAUGGCAGUGUGUGCCCUCCUGGGGGUGCUGUGCUCUGGCCUGCAGAUCUACAGCCUGCUCUGGCUCUAUGGGCUGCUGGGGGACUGGAGGCGCUUUGGCUGGGGCUGGUGGCUGGGGCAGUUCUGGGCCCGGGUGCUGGAGCUGUUAUGGGGCUUCUCUAUGCUGGUGCUGGGCUCCUGGGUGUUCUGGACCCCCCGGAGGAGCCGUGCCAGGAGCGAUCACGGCCAAGGGAGGCCAGAGGGAGCAUCGUUUUGGGACAGGGUGUGGAAAAUCCUGCGGAUAGGGCCUUUCAGGAAGUUUGAGAAAAACUGGGCAGAGCUCAUACCGAAAAACUGGGCGGAGCAGCAUCACUCGGGAGCAGACAGUGGCUCCAUACGGGUCUAUGACAAUCCCCCCACCACACACCGCUUGAGGGACACCAUGUCACCAUCUCAUCACAAGGGUGGAGAACCCACGACCAGCAGCAGCAGUGAUACCCACCUACUGUGGCAGCGGGUGGGGGAGUGCGAGUGCAUCCUCUCCGUCAUAGAGUGCAACAUGCGCCCCCAGUCGCCAAUCAACCUCAGCCGCAGCAUCGACAACACACUCCACCGUGACAACGGACACCUGCUAGGGGUAGGCAGCCACUUCACAGCCCCACCUCCUUCCACAUGGACCCACCAAGCUGGUGCUGACACCUCGCUGGGGGACAGUGCGAUCACACCCGCCUCUCUCACCUCUCUCACCUCUCCCACCUCUCAUGUUGGCUGUAGGUGGGAGGUGGAGGCUGGCUCCAGGCCUGCAACUUCUGAUCAUUUCAGAGCCAAGGAGCAGGCACAGCCUGAGGCAGAGCCAAAGUCGGAGCCACAGCCACAGCUACUGGAGGCUUCUGAUAACCAGAUCCUCCAGCCAUCUCCAACCCCUGAGCACCAGGAGGAGGUUCCAGACAAUUAUAUAUACAUGUCUAUUGUUCCAAACAAGGUGAAUAAGCCAGGGAUCACUCAGGAGGAUGAAGGGUCCAGUGUGGGCAGCAGGGAGGAUGUUACAGACCUAUGA